CCACCGUCCGCGCCACAAUCGCUGUCACCACCUCGGCCCGGCUGCCACCUGCCUGGGGAGCCACCGCCACCAGACCCUGUCCAGAGCACCUCCUCCUCGGCGACCACCAUGUCCCAGACCAAAACGCUGAAGGUCCGCGCGACCCUCUUCUGCAUCCUGGUGGGCAUCGUGCUGGCCACGGUGGCCGUGGUGACCGACCACUGGGCUGUGCUGAGCCCCCACGUGGAGCACCACAGUGCCACUUGCGAGGCGGCCCACUUCGGCCUCUGGCGGAUUUGCACCAAGAGUAUCGUUGUGAGUGACAGCAAGGACAAGAGCUGCGGACCCAUCACCCUGCCCGGGGAGAAAAACUGUUCCUACUUCAGGCAUUUUAACCCAGGCGAGAGUUCAGAGAUCUUCGAAUUCACCACUCAGAAAGAGUACAGCAUCUCGGCCGCUGCCAUCGCCAUCUUCAGCCUCGGCUUCGCCAUCAUAGGAACCAUCUGCGUGCUCCUGUCCUUCGGGAAGAAGCGGGAUUACCUGCUGAGGCCGGCCUCCAUGUUCUACGCUUUCGCAGGCCUCUGCAUCUUCGUCUCCGUGGAGGUCUUGCGGCAGUCGGUGAAGCGCAUGAUUGACAGCGAGGACACCGUCUGGAUCGAGUACUAUUACGCCUGGUCCUUCGCCUGCGCAUGCGCCGCCUUCGUGCUCCUCUUCCUGGGCGGCCUCGCCCUGCUCCUCUUCUCUCUGCCCCGGAUGCCCCGCAACCCCUGGGAGUCCUGCAUGGAUGCCGAGCCCGACCACUAACUAGCUCUCCUGGGGCCCCAGCGA